CAUUAGAAAACUAAAUUAAUUAUCAUGCCCAUAACCUAAAAGGACCCUUUACCCCAUGCACUAUCUCUAGUGUAAGAAAUCCUUUUGCUAUCCUAUCUUCAAAAUCUAACUCAGAAAACCACAAUUCAAGGCAACAUAGUCAUUCCCUACCACCACAAUUCCAUCUCCAAUCAAAACCAUGCCAACAAUUAAACCAUCAAAGAUCUUCACUUUCAUCCUUGUGCUUAUUUCUGUCACUACUCCCAUCAAGGGUCAGGAAUCAAGGAAGCUUGAUGAGACCACAAAUGGUAAUGAGAAGUGCUCACCAUGUGAAGGUGGUUCCACCCCAUCACCACCGACAAUAGAGUAUUUAUCACCACCACCACCAAUAAUCUAUCCCUCACCGCCGCCGCCAUCGCCGCCCCCACCAUACUUGUAUUCAUCACCACCACCACCGUCACCCAAAAAACCACCAUCAUCAUAUUGCCCUCCACCACCGUCAUCAGCAUACUUGUACCUGACGGGUCCACCAGGGAACUUGUACCCAGUGGAUGAGAAUUUCAGCGGAGCUAGUCCAAACCGCCACCAAAAUUUGGAUUUGUACUUGCCACUUUCGGUGGUUGUCGUGUUGAGCAUGAUGAUCUUUUGGUGAUUAGCUUGUCAAGAAAUUAAUUCAGAUCAUUCAGAUGUGUACGAGAUUAUUCAUGGAUUAGUCCAAGGUCUCAAGAAAGGUAAUAAGGAGGAGAGUUUUGUACUCAAAUAAUUUCAUUGUUGCAAAUUAAUGUUCCCCAGUUCUUCCUUUAAUUUCUGAUCCCAAUUUGUACAAUAUAACAGCAAUAAUCACUAUGAAAUUAGUUUCUGCGGUUUUCUGCUA